UGCCGGAACGCCUCGACGCAGCCUCACUGGGCCCUUUCUUUCUAUUCUAUCAUGGUCUGCGAGUCUGGCAUCGUGUAUCUCGCCCGUUGCCAGGAGCUUCCCGGUAGCUGACUUGACCCGGACCCCUGUUUUACACGCUUACGCUUAACCUGAUCAACACGGGGUGACUGCAUACAGUCGAAGAAACUGCACCGACAUGGACACGCCGAAGCUGUCCUUUGAUUUCGACCUGCCGACCGGUCCUCCGAGCCGGCCCUCGUCGAAUCGCAGCAUCAGCGCCUCGCGGAUUCGAUUCGGCACCUCGCGGACCCUCGAUGCGGACGAGAACGCUCGACGCAAAUCCAUCCAGUUCAACGUCGGAGCCGCAGAGAGACCCUUGCCCCGUCGGACGGAGAGCGCCAAGGGGAGAGUACCGCAGCAUGUGGAGAGCGAGAAGGAACAUAAAGCGGGAGGAGGAGGAGGAGGAGGAGGAGGGAGGACAUCGUCACCACCACCACCAAAAACCUACGAGCGUGGGGUUUCGUUUGAUACGUUUGACAACCGCGACGCGCCCGACUUUUCUCUGACGCUCAACUACAAACACAAGGGCUUCCAGUGGACCCGCCGCAGCCGGACCUUUCUGUGCGGCAUCGACCAGAACGAUUACUCGGAGUAUGCGCUAGAGUGGCUCAUUGAUGAGCUGGUCGACGACGGCGACGAAAUUGUCUGUCUGCGAGCGGUGGAGAAGGACUCGAGCAUCACCACCGACGCGGCCCUCGAGGCUCGCAAAUACCGAGAAGAGGCGGAGAACCUUUUCAAGCAGGUCAUUCGCAAGAACAGUCAGGACGAGAAGGCUAUCAGUCUAGUCUUGGAGCUGGCGGUCGGCAAAGUGCAGGAUAUCAUCCAACGGAUGAUCCGUAUUUAUGAACCGGCCGUUUUAAUUGUCGGCACCCGUGGCCGCAACAUGAGUGGCAUGCAGAGCCUGCUGCCUGGCUCGGUAUCCAAGUACUGCUUGCAACAGUCGCCGAUCCCCGUGAUUGUGGUACGGCCCUCGCCAAAGCGCGAGAAGAAAAAGAAGAAACGCCAGGCCGACCCGACGCGGCGCGGGUACAACCAUAUCCUGGAGAUGAGUGAGCGGCGCGGGAGCAGCAUCUUCGAUGCGCGGUCCAGCACAGACAGCAACAUCUCCCGGCUGCCGGACGAAGAGGCCGCCGUGGCCGAGGCGCUAGGCCUGCCGCGCGACUACACGCACUCGCGCAGCUCGUUGUCCACGACCGAGACGGUCUCUGAUACCAGCAGCAUCAGCCUGGGCAACGAGGAGGCCGACUUUGCCCCGGCGGGGUCGACCUGGAACUCGCUCGACGCGAUCAUGAUGGACCCCAUAUUCGAUAAUUCGGCGGAGCUGCGAGCGGUGCUGACGGCGACCGACGAGCCGGACUCGGAAUCGACGAUCAAGCCCAGUAGCUCGGAGGAGUCGGGAACGGGGACGGACCAGGUUGGCCUUGCGACGGAAGGUGAGGAGAGAGUGAUUCCUGUGAUUAUCACGGAGGACAGCAAGUAGUUAGCAGUACAUAGCAUAGUACAUAGCAUAGCGGUUCAUUACUAGAACAUAGGGAUACGAAUUUAGAUUGUUACUACAAGACAAGAUCUCAUAUUGGAAAGUCGGUAGUAUUGAAAUAAUAUCAACGUAC